CCCUGCAGGCCCAGAAGCUUCUGCUCACUUCCCCCCGCAACACAGCAUACGGUGGUUCCCUCAAUUACAGAGAAAAGUCCUCACCCCAGAUGGGCUAAGGAAGCCUGCCCUGCCUCCACUACAGGGUGGUUGAAAACACAGGUCACCACAGGGGCUCCUGGCCCUCCGUUGCCAGCCCUCAGCAUGCAGGACUCCAGGCCCCCGCCCGCACCGCCCGCACCGCCCGCACCGCCCGCGCUCCGCCAGUCUCCCUCCGGCCCUAGGGCCUCUCUUGCGGCUCACACUUCAGCCACAGGUGUGGUACCCGCCAAGCACACCGUCCCGAACUUCCGCCGCAUGCGCAGGAUCAUUGCCGAGGACACCGAGUGGUCGCUGGCCAUUGUGCCCCUCCUCACAGAGCUCUGCAUCCAGAACAUCAUCAGAAACUUCCGGGAUAACCCGAUCUUGAAGCAGCUGCCCCCAGAAUACCAGCAGAAGGUCCUGAACCACCUGCCCCCUGACCUGCCACUGGCCGUGACUGCCAACCUCAUUGACGAUGAGGGCUACUGGCGCCGCUGCUGCAUGCAGCGCUGGCCUGUGUGCCACGUGGACCAGCACGGUGGCAGCUGGAAGCGCCUGUUCUUCGAGCGGCACCUGGAGAGUCUGCUGCGCUGCUUCAUCCCUGGCACCACGGACCCCAACACCAUCCUCGACCUGCUGCCUCUUUGCAAGGCCUUUGUACGCAGCCUCCAUGUGGACCAGCUCCUCCCGCCUGUCCACCUGCCACCCACGCCCCGCACGGCAGGAGACCAGUCGGACUCGGGCAGCGAGGGGGAAGCCGAGGAAUCCAGCUCCGACCACUACUCGUUGGGCCCGCUGGUGGCCGGCCUGAGUCAGCUGGAGGAGCUGGACCUGGUGUAUGGUGUCAAGGAUUGUGGCAUGAACUUCGAGUGGAAGCUCUUCCUCUUUACCUACCAGGACUGCCACUCCCUGGCAGCCACCAUCAAGGCCUGCCACACGCUGAAGAUCUUCAGGCUGACCCGCAGCCGCGUGGAUGACGAGAAGGCCCGCAUUCUGAUCCGCAGUCUGCUCGACCACCCAGCCCUCGAGGAGCUGGACCUGUCACACAACCUCAUUGGGGACCGUGGGGCACGUGGUGCCGCCAAGCUGCUCAGCCACAGCCGCCUGCGUGUGCUCAACCUGGCCAACAACCGGGUGCGUGCGCCUGGGGCCCAGGCGCUGGCUCAUGCCCUGGAGCACAACACCAACCUUCUCUCCCUCAACCUGCGCCUCAACUGCAUAGAGGACGAGGGUGGCCAGGCCCUAGCGCACGCCCUGCUGUCCAACACAUGCCUCACCACCCUGCACCUGGGUGGCAAUGAGCUGUCUGAGCCCAUGGCCACGCUCCUGUCCCAGGUCCUCUCGGUCAACACCACGCUCACCAGCAUCAAUCUGUCUUGCAACCGCAUCGGGCCGGAUGGCGGGAAGCAGCUCCUGGAGGGUGUGGCAGACAACAAGACCCUUUUGGAGUUUGACUUGCGCCUGUCGGAUGUCACCCAGGAGAGCGAGUACCUCAUCAGCCAGGCCCUCCAAGCCAACCGGGAAGCCGCCCGCCAGCGGGCCUUGAAUCCCAGCCACUUUGUGCUGCCCGUCACUGCCAAUGGCCAUAGGAAAUCUGUAGCAUAAGGUGAAGUUGGGGCCGGAGCAGUGACUAGACAGGGAUCACAACUCCCACCCUGUCCCUCAUGCCCUGCCCUUGUCACACACUCCGCUGCUAAGGGUCACACCAGUCCAGAGGGACGGGAGGGCGGACUCAACACCCUCAAAGGGAGUGAUCAAAGGUUGAAUGUAUAAAGACAGAAGGCAAGGAGGGUCCUAGUAAGGAAGGAAAGGUAUCAAGUGCAGACCCAGCUGCAGGGCCCAGAAAAGGUGUCAUUAGACAACCCCCCACCAAAAAAAUGAUCAACUUCUUCCAGGAAUUAGGUAGAUGGAGAGGAUGCCGAGGGACUGUGGACUGCCAAUCUCUCCCAUGCAUGCUGCCCACGUAGAUGAUUCUCCUCCAUCCCCUCACUGUCCUGGCUACAGAUAGAAUCCUUGACCUUCACAUAUGUGCAUGCAUGCAUGCACACACACACACGCACACACACCGCGGCUACAGCACAAUGACACCAGACUUCCUGCCACACUCACCCCUAAGAUGUCACUCCCCAUUGCUCAAGUCUGCUUUAUGUGACCCAGUUCUACAGGCCACACCAUCUCCUAAUCCCCACUUUCCACCUGGGAUGGGGACCCUGGGGCACAGGGAAGCUGCCGUUGUGGUGGCAGCUGUGGACACAUGGUGACACUUGCUGGAGGGGGUAAGAAGUGCCACGCAAGAGGGGAUGUCGGUGAGUCAUCGCAACUUUAUUAUCCACCAGUUAGAUUUGUACAAUCUUUGCGCUUGGAAAUCCACGACAGAAAGGCCACAGUGUGAUGCACCCAAAUGACAGAGACCUGUCUCCUCCCGGCCAGGCCCAGCCCGCCUGACAGCCCUUAUCCCCGGAUACAGGGAGCCUUCCAGGUGCCCUGCGUGAGUCCCUGUCACUCUGCAGCUCCCCAGCCUAGCCACAUCCACAGGAAUCACAUCAGCCAGUAUGCCCAAGGGGCCUGAUGGUCAGACCCAGGAUCCCCAGGGCUGAGUCACGAGUUCCAGUCACAGCCCAGGGGUGCUCACUCUCCAGGGACCCCUUCCAACAAGCAGAUGCUGAGCAGAGCACCACAGGGGGUUGGAGGGGGUAACGCACGUGUGCCCGUCUGGGUGGCCUCAAAUCCUUCGUGCCUGACACCCUCGAACAGUUUCAGAGUGCAAACGUGUAAGUGUGAGGGUGUGUGUGUGUGUGUGUGGCCACCACUGCUAGCAGAGGUUCUAAUUAGAGAAACAAGAACAUUCAGUGUAAAGUUUAAUUUUAGAGAUUAAUUAAUUUUCUGGUAUUCGUUUUCCCUGGCAAUCAAUAAAAGCUACCAAGAAAAUAGACCAAAGAA